AUGACCCAUUCCUGCUGCUCUCCCUGCUGCCAGCCCACCUGCUGUGAGUCCAGUUCUUACAGGUCCAGCUGCUGCUCCCCUUGCUGCCAGCCAACUUGCUGUCAGACCACCUGUUGUAGGACCACCUGCUGCCAGCCCACCUGCUGUGGGUCCAGCUGCUGCCAGCCUUGCUGCCAUCCAUCCUGCUGUGGCUCCAGCUGCUGCCAGCCUUGCUGCCAUCCAUCCUGCUGUGGCUCCAGCUGCUGCCAGCCGUGCUGCCGCCCCAGUUGCUGCUACACAACCUGCUGCCGGCCACCUUGCUGCCGCCCAGUCUGCUGUCAGACCACCUGCUGUAGGACCACCUGCUGCCGCCCCAGCUGCUGCUGCAGCCCUUGCUGUGUUUCCAGCUGCUGCCGCCCUUCCUGUUGCUGCUCCCCUUGCUGCCAGCCAACUUGCUGUCAGACCACCUGUUGUAGGACCACCUGCUGCCAGCCCACCUGCUGUGGCUCCAGCUGCUGCCAGCCUUGCUGCCGCCCCAGUUGCUGCUACACAACCUGCUGCCGGCCACCUUGCUGCCGCCCAGUCUGUUGUCAGACCACCUGCUGUAGGACCACCUGCUGCCGCCCCAGCUGCUGCUGCAGCCCUUGCUGUGGGUCCAGCUGCUGCUGCCCUUCCUGUUGCUGACCCCCUUGCUGCCAGCCAACUUGCUGCAGAACCACCUGUUGUAGGACCACCUGCUGCCAGCCCUCCUGCUGUGGGUCCAGCUGCUGCCAGCCUUGCUGCCAUCCAUCCUGCUGCGGGUCCAGCUGCUGCCAGCCUUGCUGUCAGAACACCUGCUGUGGGUCAGGCUGCUGCCAGCCUUGCUGCUGUCCAUCCUCCUGUGGGUCCAGCUGCUGCCAGCCUUGCUGCCGCCCAGUCUGUUGUCAGACCACCUGCUGUAGGACCACCUGCUGCCGCCCCAGCUGCUGCUGCAGCCCUUGCUGUGUUUCCAGCUGCUGCCGCCCUACCUGUUGCUAAAGCACUUGCUGCAGAACCACCUGUUGUAGGACCACCUGCUGCCAGCCCACCUGCUGUGGGUCCAGCUGCUGCCAGCCUUGCUGCUGUCCAUCCUGCUGCGGGUCCAGCUGCUGCCAGCGUUGCUGUCAGAACACCUGCUGUGGGUCAGGCUGUUGCCAGCCUUGCUGCCGCCCAGUCUGCUGUCAGACCACCUGCUGUAGGACCACCUGCUGCCACCCCAGCUGCUGCUGCAGCCCUUGCUGUCUUUCCAGCUGCUGCCGGCCAACUUGCUGCAGAACCACCUGUUGUAGGACCACCUGCUGCCAGCCCACUUGCUGUGGCUCCAGCUGCUGCCAGCCUUGCUGCUGCCCCAGUUCUUGCUGCCAGCCAACUUGCUGUCAGACCACCUGUUAUAGGACCACCUGCUGCCAGCCCACCUGCUGUGGCUCCAGCUGCUGCCAGCCUUGCUGCCGUCCAUCCUGCUGUGGCUCCAGCUGCUGCCAGCCUUGCUGCUGCCCCAGUUGCUGCUACACAACCUGCUGCCGGCCAGCUUGCAGUGGCCCCGUGUACUGCACGAGAACCUGCUGCCAACCAACGUGCUGCUGCAUGCCUGGCUGUCUAGCCAAGCCUACCUGCUGUGGAACCAGCUGCUGUCAGCCUUGCUGCCGCCCAACUUGCUGUCAGACCACCUGCUGUAGGACCACCUGCUGCCGUCCCAGCUGCUGCAGCCCUUGCUGUUUUUCCAGCUGCUGCCGCCCUUCCUGUUGCUGA